GACAAGGAAAAUCAAAAUAAAAUUAAUAAAAAAAAAAAAAAAGAGAAAAGAAAAUGUCAGCUUCAAACUCGUAAGAUCCAAUAAAUACUACAACAAACUCUCACCAUGAAACAAAUGUGAAUCACCCGGCCCCUUAAAGAAAAACGUUUUCAGUACUGCCACCACUACAAACUAGGAUACAGAACAAAGAUCGUUAACAACAAUGGCGAUCAUGCCGAACAAAACUUGGGAAAUUAAUAAUAAUCAAGGCAAGAAGAAAAUGGUUGUCAAAAUUGGUGGUGGUGGCAUUGGAGCUUUUGUCCUGUUGGGUGGCGCGUUGGCCACCGCCGCUUUGGUUUCAGCUUUUGUUGUCGGGAGAACUGGGCGGAGCUCCGGCAAGGACCGCCGUCAGAAUCCACCACCUGAGGUCGAAAAGCAGAAUGAACAAGAUGAAGCUGUUCUUGAUCAUCAGCCUUCAGAUGUCGGUGGAGCAAAAACAGAGGUUGUUGAGCCGGAUACUGAUACUGAAAAGGUUUCUAUUCAGAAAUCUGCACCGGAUCAGAAGCCCAUAGUUGAAGAAAUCAAUGGAGGAAAAACAGACGAAUUAGAUGAUGUUGAGGCCAUUUCCGAUCGCUCUGAUAUCACUGAUGAAGGUUUUCCGUUGUCGGAUGACAAAUUGCCUCUCGAUGAUGAUGCAGUCGAGAAAAUACCGUUAACCAAUGAAGAUGUCGUCUCUAAUGAAAUCUCAAAAGAAAUCGAAAAUCUCGAGCAAGUUUGUAUUCAAGAAGAAGAAGAAGAAAGAGAAACCAAUGAUGGUGGUGAGAUGCAACCAAGGCAAGAAGGUAAUGGUGUUGAGGGAGUUCGUAUUGAUCAAAUUGAGGUCCAACGUAACGCAAGUAUUGAUGAGAUCAAGUCGAACAUGGAGGAACAAGAAUCGAAAGAUUUUUGUAGCGAUAACAAAGAAAUUGCCAUUGAAAGCAUUAAGGUGGAUUUAGCUGCAAUUGGAUUGGAAUUGAGUGAGAGCGAUAGUUCCCUCGUCGGUGUUUCUGAAAGCCAAAGUGAAUCUGGGAUAAAAGCUUUUGUGCCUGUGUUUGACAGUCGUGUUAUUAUCGAACACGAAAAUGUCGAUGGCAAGGAGAAAGAAAGGGCCUUGCCUGUUGAAGAGGAAGAUGAAGCUAAUGAGGGAAGUCAAGAAGAACAAGUGAAAUAUAUUGAGGAGCAAUUGGUUAAAGAGGAUCAAAUCCCCUACGAAAACCGGGGAUUUGAAGAGCCCAUGCUUAAAGAGGAGCUGAUUUUGCACCAAGAUGUUGAAGUUGUAAAAGACGAUGGAGCAAUUGAGGAAGAGGGUGAAGGCAUAGAGACGAACGAGGAGAAGGAGAAGUCAAUGCAGCUUGUCAAUAGUCAACCGAACGAGGAUGAAGAUGAUGAUGAGGAAAACAUUGCAGAGGAGAUUAAAGAAGAGCUGAUUUCCCAUGCAGAUGUUGAAGUUGUGAAAGAGGAAAUCGCGAACGAGAAAGUUGUUGCAGAAAUGAAUGAAAACGAGGCUUUGAUGCAGUUUGUUGUUGUUGAUCAGCCAAAACUAGGCGAAGGUGAUUAUCUGAUUAUUAUGGAAACAAGCGAAGAUGAAGCAAAUUGCAAGGAUAAUAUCAAAAAAAUCGAUUAUGAUGAAGAUGAAACUGUGUUAUCUGAUGAAGUGGAAGAGACCUCAGAAGGAAGUGGAGAUUCCUCCAUGGAAUCCAACUCGGAGGCGGUUUAUCCUGUGGAUUCGCCACAGGGGACUACUGUGGAGCCUCGAGAAACGGAGCUGCUAAACCAAGAAGUGGAAGGUAAGAUUCAAGAAGAUAAAGCAAUCAAAAAAGAUGACAGCCAAUUCAUUGGAGAGGAUUCUGAAACCCAAAAAGUGAAGAGCUUAAACGAGACUUUUAUAGAAAAGUACGUGGAGAAGAAUCGUCGUACCUAUUCGACGAGGCAGAGAAUGCUAAUCGGGAUACUCUGUGCGCUAUCAUCACUCUCGUGCUCGUGGUUCUUCGGCUUAUCCUCUACCGAACUUUGCCUCGUCGUGUUCCUGACCGUGGUUUUGUCAACCAUGGUUACUUCAAGGCAAGACUGCAAAUUGGCGAACAUGUAAGAGUGAAAAAUUAUUAGAUAUUAGGGAUGAGAAUUUUGCCCAAGUACUGAAUAAAUGUUUUCGCGUACUGUAACUCGAACUAUAUGAUGAAUCUUUAUUUCUUGUUCUCGUUUCAUUACAUUAAAUAUAAAGCCAGUUGC